UUCUCUCUCUGGAACGAGUUUACAUUUACAGACAUAAACAUACACAACAAUGAUUAAAACAUGCCUCCAACUGCGUGCUUGGAUAACUAUGAGAAAAUAAAUUUUUAUAAAAUUUACGAAAAUUCUACUUAUCUAGAAUAUAUAUUGUAAUUAUAUUUUUUAUUAAAAUAGUGAUCAGAAAAAAUUUUAUACAUUUACUUCCAUAAAUAGAACUCGAUAAACUGUUAAUUUAAAAAUUAUAACCUUACUGAAAAAAAACCAAAACAUUUAACUGCUCAUACAAUAAAAAAAAAGUGAUAACAAUGAGAAACAUAAAUAUGACCUACAUGAUGUUGUUACGAUUGAGACCCUACAGAAUAGUUAAAUUGUACAACUGGAACAAAUGUCUGCACAAUUUAAACAACCGGUUAUACUGCAAUGCUGAUAAGAAAUUGAAUGAUUACCAGUUAGCGAAAUUGAACAGAAAAGCGAAAAGAAAAGCCUUCAGAAUGCAGUUAGCACAAAAUAUCCGGGCUACGAGAGCUAAAAUGGAGGAAAUAAUUGAGAGAGAAAAUAUUUGGACGAUUCCUAAUUUUCUUUGCAUCGGCAGAAUCAUGACAACACCAUAUAUAAGUUAUUUAAUAGUGUGCUCACAUAAUUACCAUGCAGCGUUAUGGCUUCUAGGAUUUGCUGGAUUUACUGAUUUAGUUGAUGGAUGGGUUGCUAGAACUUGGAUUUCUCAAGCGUCCAAGUUAGGCAGUUUUUUGGACCCGAUGGCUGAUAAAUUACUUGUAGGAACACUAUUUUUAUCAUUGACAUGGGUUGAAUUAAUACCAUUACCUUUGACGUGUCUUGUUAUAAUGCGUGAUGUUAUGCUGAUUGGUGCUGCAUCAUAUAUACGAUAUAGAUCGUUGCCCGCACCAAAAACUUUAGCAAGAUAUUUCGACCCUAGUCACGCUACAGUUCAACUGGCGCCUACAUUUAUAAGUAAAUUAAAUACUGCCGUUCAAUUAUCACUAGUUGGUGGUACUCUAGCAGCGCCAGUAUUUCAUUUUAUAGAUCAUCCUAUUUUACAAGGAUUAUGUUAUUUAACAGCAAUAACGACAGUAGCUGGUGGCAUCAGUUAUUUGAUGUCCAAAAAUACGUAUAAAUUACUAUCGAAAAAAUCAUUUAAUAACGGAUCCUCGUCAUCGUAAUAAUAAAGUAGUUCGUUGUUGUUGUUUUUGUUGUUGUAUAUUUUUGAUAA